UGAGUGACUUUCUCAAUGAAAGGGAUUCUUCGCACGAGUCUUGCCUGCAAUCAAAUGAGACUUUUUAACUGUAUGCAACCUGUUAAAAAGUUUGGAGAUAUGACACGUGGAUUGUCCGGAGUUUUUAAUCCGGAACAAAUAAAAAGCUUCUGUUCUGUGACGGUGAAUGCUCUACAUUGUGCCAAAAAUGAGUGGCCAAAUUGUCCAAAUAAUGUCAAACUAUUAUGGCAAGCAAUGGAUUCAGGAUUAUCUUUCUUGUGUACUAAUAAGUUAGACGAAUUUUUGAGUUACUCAGACUGUUGGAAACAGACAAUAGUAAAUGAGACUGCCUAUGGUUGCCAGACAAUGUUACAAGAUGAAAUGAGAAAUUACCAAAGUGCUGCACAAGAAAUGGAUUCAUAUGAGCGCAAAAAUGAAGGCUGCAGAGUUAUCUACAAAUACAUUGCAUGUAUAAAUGGUAUCAACCAAUAUUGUAAAAAGGAAGCCGUCGACUUACUUAGUGAAAUGGUAGAAAGAAUGGUACAGCCAACCAUGGAUAUUCUACAAUGUGAUCCUAAAUUAGUUCUUGACCAGUGCCUUCAAGGAGAGAUAUUUCGUGUUCGACAAACCUAACAGUUCAAAUACUGCAGCUACGAAGCCACAGCCUUCCAGAUCUAGAUUGUUAAUGCUUUUCCUAGUAACUAUGGCAACAACGACAGCAUCAGCAGGUGCCACUGCACGAUGGUCGAGUGUCUAGCACGAACCUGGCAUUGGCAAUACCACUACUGCCGUUAUUCCACAGAUAAACCAAUAUUAACAAGCAACAAAUUAUUACCAAAAUAGAAAUAAAUAAAUAAAUUUUGCCCUGCCCCCUUUUCUUAAAUAAAAAUACAGAAAACUAACCAAAAAUAAUUAAAAAAUACUAAUAAAGAGGAGAAAAAAAAAAUAAUUUUUAAUAAAUUCUUUUUUCUUUCUCCCCCUGAAAUUUCUUUGUAUGCAUUUUAUAUAAAAAUAUCGAAAAAGUAAUAAAUAUAUAUAUCAAUAAAAAUAUAAAAUGAGAUUUGGAAAAAAAACACAAAACUAACAUUUUUAUGCAUCUAUAUUCAAGAUUAACAGUUUUUUCUGUAAUUUACCCAACCAAUCAAAUAAAUGGAAAAAAGAAGAAAUAUUCGGAUUUUUCUAACAAAGUUUAACAA